AUGGGAGCCGCGACCGGGACCACCAGCAACGAAAAAGUGUCCACGAAGGUGUACCUUUUGCAGGAACUCUCGGUCGCGCUGCACAACGCAAAAAGGCGACGAAGGAUCAUGCUGCCGGAAACAAGGACAACAUCAAGCUCUCCUGGCCUUGAGAACAACUAUGGAACCGCCUCUAGUUCUUCUCCUUCCGAAGUGGC